AUGGGCCCGAAUCCAUUUAGGCGUUUUGUUACACUAAUGCGCCCUAUCGAUCAGCAAAAUAUGAGAUAUGCGUCUCAUUGGAAGAGUGAUAAUCGUUCCUAUCGUAUAUUAACGAAAUCCUUUGGUCUCCGAUUUAUCAUUAGUGUCAGUGGUAAAGGUGGUAAAUUCGACAUUAUUACGUUAACAUUGAAUAUUGGCAGUAUCAUCGGUAUAUUCGGUUUAGCAACGGUCAUUUGUGAUAUUGCUAUGUUACAUUUAUGUCGUAAUGCUCAUCUCUAUAAACAACAUAUAUUUCAACGUGUCGAUAAAGACACCAUACGUAGUGCUCUCAUGCAAGCAAUAGCAGCUGUAACGCCAAAACAAAAAGACGCAAACGGCAAUAACAUUCUAACAGAAUAUCAAGAAAACUUCCCUGCAGCAACAAGUAUAACGUCGGAUGAUGAUCGUUCCGAUAAUGCUGAAGUAGUAUUUGAUCGUCGUGCAUCAUCAGGCGAAACGAGUCAUAAUGUUUCAAUUACCAAUUCACCGAGUAAUGUUCGACCAUUAGUUAUUCUAAGUAGAAAUGCAAAAACGCCGAUAAACGAUAGAUCAACAAAACGUUUAUCUCAACCAAAUGGACGCGUAAAAUUUCAAAUUCCAACGAUUGCAGAAUCACCACAGAAAAUUCACAAUUUAUAUUCGAAUCGUAAAUCGGAUGAUAUUAAUAAUUAUAAUCGAUUCUCUAAUUCAAAUAUUUAA